AUGAAUCCAGUGACGAAAAUCGGCAUAGCGCUCAUCUUGACUUUAUCUUUUCUCUGCUUCGUGGAGGGAUACUCUCUGGUCCUAGGAUCUCACUGCAACAGGAAUAUACCUCUACCUCUUGAUGCUCCUGCUUGGCAUCUCCUUGCUGCUCUGGUAUGUGUCAAGUGUACACUUUUCAAUUCUACCAAGAAUUGUGUAAGCCAGCCAGGACACUGUGCAACCAAAAAAGACCAGAAGUGUCUCUUAUGGACAGUUACAUCAGGUGGAUUUCUUAGUUAUGGGAUUCAGACAUGCUGGACUCACUGUUUGAGCAGAUUUCUUGUUAGAGGACAUUUGAAAGUGGAGUUUAACUGUUGUGAUUCCAGUUCUUUGUGUAACGAACUUUAA